AUGACAACUAAGCCAGGCAUCAUUCCCCGUGAAGGCCUGUACAUUGACCCGGUUAUAUCAGGCCUACGGAAAACGAUCCUCCACCCGCUUCUUGGGUUGAUCAUCCUGUACCUGGUGCACGGGGAAAGAUUACGCGUGCUCGCGCCGUAUGAGAAGCUCGUCCAAAUUACCGCGACGACCAGUGUGCUCCUGUGGCUAAACGAUUGGUUAAGUUCUAAAUGCCGGAACAACUGGACUACAGAUGACACGUGGGACUGGAAAAAAGAGCUCGUCGUGGUGACCGGUGGCAGCGGCGGUAUUGGCGGGGGAGUUGCUCAGCGUCUUGCUGCUAUGGGGGCGCGCGUUGUUGUGGUGGAUAUCAUUCCUCUAACAUAUGAACCUGAGAACAAUCGCAUCUUGUACCAUAAAUGCGACUUGAGUCAGGAGCAAGAAAUCGCGGCUGUUUGCGAAAAUAUCAGAUCCGAAUUUGGCCAUCCUACCGUUUUAAUCAACAAUGCUGGCCUGUCGCGUGGUCGGACGGUGGUCGAAGGCACAUACAGCGACAACAACAUAACGCUGAAGACUAACUUACUGGCACCGUUCCUGCUCUCGAGAGAAUUCCUUCCGACUAUGAUCCAGCAAAAUCACGGACACAUUUUCAAUAUUGCCUCGAUGAGCGCUUAUAUCCCCCCACCAGGACUUGCAGAUUACGCGGCGUCGAAAGCUGGUUUGAUUGCCUUUCAUGAGUGUCUCGCGCAGGAACUACGAGUUCAGAAUGCGCCCAAAGUCCGCACCUCUCUCGCAGUGCUGAGCUUCGUAAAAACGCCUCUAUUUAAAGGAGAGACAAACCAGUCUCGGUUUCUGAUGCCUAUUUUGCAUGUGGACACUGUUGUGGACGCCAUUGUGGAUACACUUGACAGUGGGCUGAGUGCGACUAUUUUCCUCCCUGGAAUAUUUGGCUUUUUUGCAGGCUUGAGAGGAGCCCCUGAUUGGUUUCAAAAUUUGGUCCGGAGUGGCACCAAAUCGCUCAAAGUCGACUUCAAAGGGCGCCAGGAGAUUGAUACAAAUACUGGAAAACUUGUCUAG